UUUACGGAAAGCGCCACGGCUCGACGUACACACACCGGUCCCGACCAGGCGAGAGACCCGAGGACUCCCACAACAGACGUGAUAAACCCACACCAUGAACAACAACGCCGUAGCAGUGGCAGGCCGGCCAUCAAGAACGAAAACGGUACCUCUGCGACUGCAGGGUGGAGGUGAAAGUGGUGCAGCUGCUGGGCAUGGUGUUGCCCAGAUCACGCCUGCUGGCGCCGUGCAGCUCCAGCCGGCACCGAGCGGCAUGGUCCGCCAGGCCGUCCACAGCAGGGUUACCCCCCAUACCGAUACACAACAGGGGGUGCCACCUGGUGCGGGGCUGAUGCCGGGCCUCAUGGACACUGAAAUUACUAAAGCUCGUCGGGUGGCCGUAAGCAUGAUUCUGAACGACAAGCAGUUUGGCGAAGCUUCAGGGAAGAAUUGGAGCGAAUCGGACAGCAGCGACGACGACAACGGGAAGGACGCUCCGAUGUCAAGUGGCAGCAGCAAUGUGUCGGUAGAGGAGAGUUCAGCUCCGUCGGACAUAGGCUCACAGGAGCCUGGAGAUGUCGAGUCCGGAGAUAGCGUGUUCGCAAAGGAAAUACGGGAAGCAAUAUUCGGGGGAGGGGGAGCGGGCAGAAAAAAAAACCAUGGCAAGCGGAAGGCGAGCGCCGGCGGCAGCGCCGUAGGGAACAGGAACUCAACAAAGGCAAGCCUAGGAGCGAGUGCCAAGAAAGCCCGGGGCAAGGACUACCCGCUCUGGGCCGCACAUCUGCUGAGGAGGACAUGCGCGCACCGCAAGAUCCCGAGGAUGUCGAAGGAGGGCGACAAGCAUGUCCUGGUGCAGGCCCUGCGAUCUCACGACGGCAACAUGAACCGGCCAUCUCCGUACUAUGACGACCUCAAUGCUAUCACAGCCGGUAACAUGAGGAAUAUGGAGUUUUGCUCCGGUUGGGGGUGUACACCCGAGGCGUCCUCUCAUGCGAAGGCUUAUUCGUUGUGUGGGCCGCUUUCUCCUAUCCCCAAUGCUCGCGCAGGCAAAUCUGGACGCAGCAACGGGGAGGAGGACGAGGAGGAGGGAGCCAUCCCUGCCAAAGCACUCCUUACGUUUCGAAAUGUUGUCGGGAUGGUCGCCAUAGCACGUGACAGUAAAGUGCCGUUUAAAGUCGAUAAUGUGGAGUACAGUGCGGUGGACCUUUACGACGCCCUGGCCAAGGAAGACGAAGCGGGAACGGGGGAUUCUGCGGGCGGGAGUGCUUCCACUGGUGGUUCAUCGACGGGUGGUGCAGCCGGACCGGACGGGGAUGGUUCCGUCGGAGGGAGCGGCAGCAACACGGAGCGCAAGGGCCCACACUGCAUGAUGCGGCUCGUUGGGAUCCUGUGCGAAGACGCCAUCCGCCCACUUCUCAUAGAGAGCCGCUUGCAGGCGACCCGGCAGGACCUGGACACGUCAUCAGUCGGGCCGCGGAACGAUUUGUGGACAGAGGUCACCACGCGCUUCCGAGACCCUGACCACCAGGUGAGAAAAAUCGUGGACGACGAGCAAGUGUCUCACGUCGACCCGAACAUCAUCCAGCAACCAAACAUCUCCGCGGAGAAGCUUUCCAGGAUGUGGGCUACGGCAAAGGCGAAGUGGAACCAGCCUUAUGCCAACUGGAAGAGUGAAUCCGGCAACAACCAGCCAUGGCUUUCAUUUUGUCAAGGGUGCACGGACACGUAUGUUCUCGGUUGCGCAAUCGAGAAAUACCCCGAGCUGAACCAAGUGUGCAACAAUCUCCUCCCCGAGGGCGCUCAGCGAGAGGACGACGGGACCGGAGAGGGUAUUGUCUGCACAGGCGGUGCCGACCGCCGGGCUGCCGCCAAGCGGGAGGGCGCCAGGCUCAACGAGCAGAACAGGCGGGGAAAAAAGCCAAAAAAUAAGGGGGUGGGGCAAAGCGUGGCAGAGGCUACGUCCGCUGCCAUGAAAACCGCACUCAAAGAUAUUGAGCCACUGCUGGAAAAGGUUGGCGGAUCAGAAAAAUCAGAGUGGUACAAAAAAAAAGAGGAACACGCUUGCAAGACUGCUGAACACGACAGCAAGGCUUCUGGCCUCGCCCUCCAGAAGGAAAUGACCGAGUCCCACGCCGAAUUCUCGAAGAAAAUUGUGGAGGAGGAGAAAGAAAAAGCAGAGGGUUAUCAGACGAGAGUUAGAUUCCUGCGCAAAAUGUUGGCCGGCAUCGAGAAGGAAAUGUUUGGCGACGAAUAACACCCAUAUGCACUCCCGGAAGAGUGUUACCGUGCAAUCGUCGAAUUUUAUGCAUGCUCAACGUCUUCGUUUCGUCGCAGCAUUGAGGAUACGUGCGCCUCCGCAUAGACGUGUGGGUUUGGUAGGCAACAACACUUUGAGAGGAUGCUUUACGGCAACAAAGGAGUAUCAACAAAAUAAAUAUAGUGGAAGAAAGCCGAGACCGUUGUGGUUCACGGGCAAGUUGCUGUGACUGUAUUCAACGAACACGAGGAUGCGUUUUUUUAUUUCUCUCCCUGCUGCAGGGCUUGCUUGCUGCGAGGGUCGUAGCCUUCUUUUUUUUUUGGGCCAGGGGGGGGGGAGGUU